UGAGCUGCGCAGAACGCUUCUGCAUCAAUGUAACUGCUACAAAGACGCCUUUUUUCGCAGAUGUUCCUGGAAAAAUGUUUCAAUUUGUGCCGCAUGUUGGUAAAUGAGAGCGCCAAAACCUUGUAAGUAAUAUUUAAUACCAGAAGUAAGUGAAAUGCUGCUGGUUUUCUUGAUACAGCCCUCGACAUUUGAGUCUAUUAUGCUAACUCCAAAUAAUAUUAUAUAUUUAAAUAUCGCUUUAUCGCUAUAUAUCGAUAUUAUUUAUGUAAAUAUAAUUUACAUUGAUAAAUCUAAUUGUUGUAAUUUGGUAUAUUAUUUAGUCUGCGUUGUAUUCAACACUUGUUAAAGAGUCACUGUUUGGUAGCCAUCACUGUGCAAAUUGAUCUAUGAAGAUAAAGCAAAUUACUGACAGUCUAUGGACACUGAUGUGUAUUUGUAUGUUCAUUAAUACAUCAUAGUUGAGGGGUGUUUCAUUUGCAUACAGAAGGUUUUACUCUGGUGCUCCACUUAACCAGAGUCUUGGGAGAAGGGAAUGUUAUUAGACUCAAAAUAACACUGGAAAGUUAUUUUAAGGACAGUUCUUUUUCCAGGAAAUAUAGGCAAUAUUGUCUAAUAUGUCUCCUUCAAGGCCGUACACUCCAUCUGUGGCACCUCCUCUGCCCUUAUGUAAUUUCAACAUCUCAAGCAACUUCUGCACAGAAGAGAAUAUCUCUGAGUGCAUUCUGUACAUCAAUCAGGAGCUGUCAUCCCUGGGCUUUCCACCGAUCUUCUGUAACUCAGAUGGCACCCAAGAUCUGGAUGCUAUUGUUACACUAAACAACAUAUAUGAACUUCGGCAGCUGCACUGUCGAGCUAUUGGAAUGAUGGAGGAGCUGGAGGUAGAACAGCUCAAGUCCAGCAGUGACCUUCACUUACAGCAUCUUACUAACUCUAGACUGAAGGACCAGCUUGAACUUUCAAAAAAGGAAAAUAUGCGCUUGCACGAGAAAGAGCGUCAGCUCAAAACAAAUAUAAAAACUUUGCAAAACAGCCUUAAAGAGACCAAAGUAGAGGUACAAAGGCUUCAGGGUAUCAUUGCGAGCCGUGCUACACAAUACAACCACGAUAUUAAAAGAAGAGAAAGGGAGCACAACAGAGUGAAGGAACGCCUCAGUCAGCAACUCAUUGCCAAAAAGGAUAAGAAACAAGGAAUGGAAGUUUUGAAUUAUGUUGGAAGGCCAGAUGGGAGGAGAUGUCUUUGGAAAACUGGAAAAACUGAAGCCAGACAUGAAGGACAAAUGUACAGAAAUCUUCUGAAUGAAUUUGAUAAUCGACAAAGGGAGCUGAUGUUGGAAAACAUUGAGCUGAAGAAAGUUCUUCAGCAUAUGAAACGAGAGAUGGUGGGAGUUUUAAAUUCAAAGAGGAAUUGCCCAAAGGAAGAGAAACAGAGCAAUAAUGUAGAUCAGACAAAUUCAGAUGAUGAGGAGAACUCAUUGAAAGGACCUUCUGAGAUGUCCUGUGAUUAUGCUCGGGAGAAACUCACCAACAGCAUUCGUCAGCAGUGGAGGAAACUGAAAAACCACGUUGAGAAACUUGACAGCCAAGCAUCCUUGGUGCAAGCUGGAGACAGUGAGCAGGUGAUCUCCAAACAUAUCCACAAGGAGGAGAUAGAGAGGCUAAAAUUAGAACUUCAGCAAUGUAAAGAAUUCAUUCAGACUCAGCAGCAGCUUCUGCAACAACAGCUCAACACACCCUGUGAUGAGGAGACUGCAGCUGUCCUCAGUGAUUGCUACAUGCUGGAAGAGAAGGAACGCUUAAAAGAGGAGUGGAGGGUUUUUGAAGAACAGAGGAAAAACUUUGAAAUGGAAAGAAGAAAUUUCACAGAGGCUGCCAUCAGAUUGGGCCAUGAGAGAAAAUCAUUUGAGGAUGAUCGUGCACUAUGGCUCAAACAUCAAUUUCUAAACACAACAUUUGCAGACCAGAUAAAACCACAAAGUCGUAUAACUUAUGAAUUAUUCAAGUACUCAACUCAUGAAGAGAAACACAUGCCAAUGUCUGCUAAAGUUAGCAAAUCUCAUCUUUAGUCUUUAAUCCAUGGAACACCAUGCAGAUGAUCUUGGAUUUUAUCUGGCACCAGAUGUGAGAUUCCUUGAGCCAAUGUGAAUGAGAAGCUUCCAAGUCCAUAAUGAACAUUCAAAAUACAGACCUGAAUAUUAAACCAAUGAUAAUAUAAUAGAUAAUAUGUUGUAAUCACAUACGUUCUAUUAAGCUUUUUAUUUGGUUUUGGUACUAAAUAUGAAAUACAGUCUCAUCCAAUUAAAAUCUGUAAUAAUGCAUUUGACAACAUCAAAUACUCUAUGGUUCAAGCAUGGGCACAUUUUAUUUCUUAUUGUGCAUUCGACUUUGAGCUUAAAUUUUAUUUAUUUUAUCUUUUGUAAUUUAAGCAGUUAAUUAACAUACCACCAUAAUUAUUUUACACAGUCUCCAAAACCACAAAGUUAUGAUUUCUUUGUUGCAGGUAAUAAUAUUGUGCUAAUAACUUAAAAUUAACUUAUUUUAUAUUUAAAACAUACUCCGUAAGGAAUAAGCUUCAAAUAUAUAAAAUGCCAAACUUAAAUGGAACUUGUAUUAGGAUGCUUUAAGAUUUAUUCAUAUAAAGAUAGCAAUCUCAAGACUGGACUCGAACUCUUGUCAACCAUAUUUUUAUGUUCUUGGUCUUGUCAUAGACUCUGGAGCAUUUGGAUUCCGCCACAUCACGGACUCGAACAAGUUUUAAUUCUAGUGACCUGUCGAGUCCCAACACUUCAAUAAAUAUUGCGAGUUCAAUACAAGUUAAGCUCAGUCGACAGCAUUUGUGCCAUACGUUGAUUACCACAAACAUUUAUUUUCUUAAAAAAAAAAGCAUAAAUCCAGGUUACAGUGAGGCAUUUACAAUGGAAGUGAAUGGGGUCAAUAUUUGGAGAGUUUAAAGGCAGAAAUGUGAAGCUACACAAUAAUUCUUCUGUUAAAAUGUAUGUAUCAUUUGAGCUGUAACUUUUAAAUCAUGUUUAGUCAUUUUAGGGUUUGUUGACAUUACAUUGUCAUGGCAAUGAAGUUGUAAAAUUGGCACAUUUACACAGAAAAGGUUAGUAAGUGAUUUUAUCACACUAAAAUCAUGUCAACAACACUUAUAAUGUUUAUGUCUUGUGGCUAUACUUUUGAAACGGUGAGUAUUUUAACAUUUACAGAUUGACCCCAUUCACUUUCAUAUUCCUGACUGGAACCCAGAUUUAUUUUUUUUAAAUCUAUUUUUAAAUAAUCAAUAUUAUGCCACAAAUUCUGUCGUAUGACCUUAACCCAGAUUAUUCCUUUAAAAAAUAUUAUUUGUGCUAGCAUGUACUGUACAUGUACAUACUGUGUGUAACAUGAGUGUUCCGAUUUACCUGGAAUAAAAAAUCCCUAUGACAUUAGCAAUAAUGACAUGUAUCCUGUAUUUCUGUGGCUGCAUAGAAUCAGAACGUCAUGGUUACUGUUGUAACCUCCGUUCCCUGAUGGAAGGAAUGAGACGUUGUGUCGAUUGUAGUGACACAAGGGGUCCCACUUCCAAACGCCAUGCUCUACCUGUGUUACGUGACUGCCGAGCCAGGUGCAAGCAGGCUGCUGCAUGCUAGAAGCAGCUGGGUUGGCUCCACGUAACCCUCCCCAACGCCCCCACUUAAAGGUGUCAUGUACCGCUCUUAGGUUCCCAGUACCCGUACGGGAAGAGGCGACACAACUUGUAAGGGAGCCAGCCGUGAUCUUUUCUCUCUCUAUGAUUCUCGUCAUAGAGUUAAAAAGUCUAACACAGAGGUAAAAAAUCUUAACGCUAUAGAUGCGUCGGGGCAGGCGUCCUUUCCUGUUCCUAUUCUUUCAGGGGGAAAAGACCCUACGGAGACCACGACCUGCCCAGACUGGGUGGAGGUAACUUGUGGCCACUACACACGGGGGAGGUCAAGCCACCCGUGGGAGGUCAAGCCACCCGUGGACAUGGUGCGGUGGUAGAUCCUGCCUGACAAGGGAGGAUUUGCUACAGACACGGCGACCGGGGGGCCGUCUUCAAGGAGAGGGCUUUGAGCUCGAUUGACUCAAGCGGCUCGAAGGGGGGUCUCUGAAGGCCUAAGAGGACCACUGAGAGAUCCCAGGAGGAGAACAGGCUUGGCCGGGAAGGUUUCAACCUCCGGGCGCCUCUUAAGGAACCUGA